AUGGCCUCAAACAUGUUGGUCCUAUUUGUUUCAUUUAGUUCUUUGCUUCUGACUUCCUCUGCUCAGACAUGCAAUGAACACACCUUUCCUAACAACAAGGUGUUCUCUAAUUGCACUGAUCUUCCUCAAUUGUCCUCUUUCUUUCACUGGACCUAUGAACAGGCCACUGGGAAACUAGACCUUGCAUUCAGACAUGCCCAAAUCCCUUUAACAAACCGGUGGGUUGCAUGGGCUAUUAGUCCCAACACUCUGGGCAACCUUAAAAAUUAUAUGGUUGGAGCACAAGCUCUAGUGGCUAUCAUAGAUUCAAAUGGUGCCACAAAAGCCUACACUUCCUCCAUCUCAAACUACCGCACAGUUUUAGAAAAGGGAGAAAUAAGUUAUCCGAACACUGGCUUAAUGGCUACCUAUAAGAAUAAUGAGGUGACCAUUUUUGCAACCCUUACUCUUCCCAAUCAUAUUGGCUCCAUUGUCCACCUUUGGCAAGAUGGUCCUCUCUCUGGCCCUGUCCCCCAAGUCCAUAGCUUGGAUGCUCCUCACAUUAACUCCAAGCAGUUUUUGCAUUUGGUUUAA